GUCCUUCAAACCAGCCUUUGCCGCCAUUUGCAUCGUUCAUCGUUCACGCUUCAGCUUGAGCUCCAUGAUCAGUCUUAAUGUCAGUAAUCUCAUCUUCAGGUAUCAACAUUUGGUCCCAAGAUCACCGUUCCAAAUCCCCAUAAUUUUUCUACUCCACACUCACUCUCUUCCACAUCACAAAGAUAAACCCACCAAUUGGAAUACUUCUCACGCCCUGAUUCAAUCAAAUCCACUUCUAUCCCUCUUGGAAAAGUGCACUUCCAUGACGCAGAUGAGGCAAAUUCAUGCCCAAAUGGUUUCAACUGGCUUGAUCUCAGAUGGGUUUGCUCUGAGUCGCCUUGUUGCGUUCUGUGCGAUUUCCGAGUGGCGAAAUCUUGACUAUUGUGACAAACUUCUCGACAAUGCUCCCAGCCCGAAUGUUUUUUCUUGGAAUGUGGCGAUUAGGGGUUAUUUAGAGAGUGAAAAUCCCAGAAAUGCUGUUCUUUUGUACAGGAAAAUGCUGAGAAAAGGUGGGUCUACUCCUGAUAAUUAUUCUUAUCCUCUGUUGUUUAAAGCUUGUGCUGGUUUGUCGUUGAGUUUCACGGCUAAUGAGAUUCUUGGGCAUGUAGUACAAUUGGGUUUAUAUUCGGAUUUGUUUGUGCACAAUGCGAUUAUUCAUGUACUGGUUUCUUGUGGAGAAUUGUUGGCUGCACGUAAGGUGUUCGACGAAAGUUGCGUGAGAGAUUUGGUUUCUUGGAACUCGAUGAUCAAUGGGUAUGUUAGGUGUGGGUUGGCAGACGAGGCAUUGAAUCUUUAUUACAAGAUGGAGGAUCUGAAAGUGAAGCCAGAUGAGGUCACAAUGAUUGGACUCGUUUCAGCUUCUGCCCAGCUUGAAAAUGUAGCUCUCGGAAGAAAGCUUCAUCAAUUCACUGAAGAAAUGGGUUUGAAUUUGACCAUUCCACUUGUCAAUGCAUUGAUGGAUAUGUACAUUAAGUGUAAGAAUAUUGAGGCUGCAAAAACACUAUUUGAGAACAUGACAAAGAAAACCAUUGUUUCAUGGACUACAAUGGUUGUUGGAUAUGCCAAAUGUGGAAUGCUGGAAAGUGCUGUGAUGCUGUUCAAUGAGAUGCCAGAGAAGGAUGUCGUGCCAUGGAAUGCUUUAAUUGGUGGCUUUGUUCAAGCCAAGCGUAGUAAGGAGGCUUUGGCUCUGUUUCACGAAAUGCAAGCCAGCAAUGUUGACCCAGAUGAGGUUACUGUCGUUAGUUGUUUAUCUGCAUGCUCUCAACUUGGAGCACUAGAUGUUGGAAUUUGGAUGCAUCGUUUCGUUGAUAAACAAAAUCUUACUAUGAACGUUGCCUUAGGAACUGCUCUAGUUGACAUGUAUGCUAAGUGUGGGAACAUAAAAAAGGCUCUACAGGUUUUUGAGGAGAUGCCAGGAAGAAACUCAUUGACAUGGACAGCUAUAAUUUGUGGUCUAGCACUUCAUGGACAAGCACACGCUGCCAUAUCUUACUUCUCAGAGAUGGUUAGCAUUGGACUGGUGCCUGAUGAGAUCACCUUCAUUGGGGUCUUAUCGGCUUGUUGUCACGGUGGAUUGGUUGAUCAAGGUCGAGACUAUUUUUAUCAAAUGAGCUCCAAAUAUGGUAUCUCCCCAAAACUUAAGCAUUAUUCUUGCAUGGUGGACCUUCUAGGUAGGGCUGGCUUCUUGGAAGAGGCAGAAGAGAUUAUUAGGAGCAUGCCUUUUGAGGCAGAUGCCGUAGUGUGGGGAGCAUUGUUCUUUGGCAGCCGUAUGCAUGGAAAUGUUCAUAUAGGAGAAAGAGCGGCUUUUAAGCUUCUUGAAUUGGAUCCUCAUGAUAGUGGAAUUUAUGUUUUGCUUGCAAAUAUGUAUGGUGAUGCUAAUAUGUGGGAGAAGGCAAGGAAGGUAAGAAAGAUGAUGGAAGAAAGAGGGGUCGAGAAAACACCUGGUUGUAGUUCAAUUGAGAUUAAUGGUUUAGUUUAUGAGUUUAUAAUUCGUGAUAAGUCACAUCCUCGAUCUGAGAAAAUGUACGAGUGUUUAACUUGGCUAACAAGACAACUUGAACUUGUUGAGGACGAAACAUCUUCAUUGAAAGAAUUUUGAGGUUGUCAUAUUUGAGUUGACAAAGAGUAGGGCUCUAAAAUAUGCUCGACCAAGCUCCAUCUCCCACUGCUAGCCUUGAGUCGGUGAAGUCUUUCGAUGAUUAGUGAGAGAUCAACAAUGAAUAUAAGACAGAGUGGGGCUCUCCAACACCUCGGUUCAAAAAAGAAUAUUUAAUAAAAGAAUGCUUUCUAGUCUAGAAGUGAUUCUGAAGAGUCUUUGUUACCUUGAGAUGAUGAAGGUCUACCUCUCAAAGCCCACAAAGCUUCUGCAGAAGGAUAAUCACUUGAAUCUUCUGAAUGUUAUAGUUGAAGCAUGGCAUCUUGGAAAAAGCUUCAAAUAAUUGAAAUGAAAGCUAAACAGGUUCAUAUUCAGCUCAUUUAUUCUUGCCUCACCCAUUCUAUAACAAGUCACCAGCGAGUUUUUUACAUUGAAGCAUAUGUAAUAGUGGUUGGUGGAUUUUGGAACUGGCCUGCCUGAGUGUUAAAGUGCCCAUAGGAAGGAAAGGCUUUGAGAUUCAUGUUCUGAAAAGUGACCUUGUGGUCGGGAUCGCACUUCAAAAGAAAUAAAGCUCAAUCCAUGUGUCCGGUGUAACUGGGUUAGAGGGAAGACACAAAGAUUGCCACCGACAAAAUUGGCCCAACACUGACACUGAGAUGUGAAAGACGAGGAG